UGGGCGGGGACAUAGGCGGAUCUUCUGUUAACUCUGAUCGGUUGGAGAUUUGAAAUACAGAAUAACAGUCUUGUGUUUGGUUGUACAGUUACAGUCUUUCAUAGGCAAACAUUAAGGUACCUUUGAACAUUUGCUAAUUGACACCACUAAUGGUCUGCGACUGAAACUGAGAAAGCAGAUAAAGACUCUCACAACACCUGAGCUUUCUGCUGAACAAAGAAGGGAAGGAAGACGGGAACAACAGCAAAGACAAACACCUCAAGGGGAGAGAAAAAGAAAAUAGUAAUGUUUAAAACGAUCAGCCGACUGUUUUUUGGGGGAGAAGAGGAAACCUCUGACGAUGUAAAGUCUGGAGAAGUGGUGGAAGAGGGGUGGCUUGUUGUCAGUCAUCGAGAGGCCAGUUCAGCGGAGAACCAGGGUACAGCGCUAACUGACACCCAACCACCAACCUCUGCUCUUCAUGGAGUCACAGUUGCCAACAUGGAAACUAGCAUGAGUGUGUUAGACCAAGAAGCCACAGUUCAAAGCAGCUGUACCACCAGUCGAGCCAUCACAGGCUCUGUUUCUCAGCCUAAAGCUUUGGAAGAAGUGACACAGUUAACCUGCAUCCAGAAGGCUAAGGCCUGGGCAGACCCGCACCAAAUGUCUCGUAACGCCAUUCAACGUCAGAACCGUGUUCGCCAAGGAGUCCAACAUCACUCAUUCCACCUCCAACAGCCAGGACAACGCAACAUAAGCCACUGAGCCACUGAUGCUCUGGUUGACUGGUUUACAACUGCAAAUAUUAACCAGGAAAUAAUCCUAUACUUAUUAAACACAUAUUCCAAUACACACAGAUAACCAUUCACAACAACAACACAACAGGCAGCUAUUUUAUAACUCGUACUGUUUGAGUUUAAAAUUAAGAGUUUCACCUCAUGAAAUGAAAUACACUAUGUUUUCUUGUUUGUGUGCAUGUGGAUUUAUACAUGUGGAUGACCGCAGCCUAUGCAAAAUGUAUCCUAUAAUAAUUACUGUAAUUUGUGUAACAACAUGCAUUUAUUUACCUGUAUGUAACUGGUUUGAACUUUUUUUUUAUACAGAAAUAAAAAUAAAGAGUUUGCA